AUGCGGCACGCCCCCAUCCUUGGGCUGUCAACGCCCAGCAAGCCGGAGGGAGAAGGCGAAGUAUUCAUUUGGGGGAGUAGCUGGGUCUGCAGAGCAGAUCUGAUGGCCGAGGGUUCUUCCACUGUGGACGAACCGAGUACGCACAGGAAGCGGAAACGCACUGGGAAUCCGGAUGCGUUCAACUUGGCUCUCCAGUCGGCGGAGGAGAUACCGCCCCUCCGAGUGGAGACGCGCUACAAGUAUAUUUGUCUUGUCGAUUUUGUCGGGGGGACUAAGAGUAGAGCGGAGGAUGCUAUGGAGGUGGACGAGGAUGGUCUAAUGAAGGAAGCUGAGGAAGACGAGAUGAAGGAAAUGAUGGUGGUUGUGGAACGACCUGUAACGGACUUGCUUGCCGAUGGACCCGGCGCAUUCAACAGGAAGAAGUUCGGCACAUGA